GACAAGAUGAUUGUUUGUUUAAUUUAAAACAUGUGAAACAAUUUAAAAAAAUAGAUUGUGAUGGUUAUUAACUUGGUUAAAUAGUGUGUAAUAAAAUUUAAAAUUAAGGUUAAUAACCAAAGUAGGUGUUUCAAAAUACUAAGGCAAUAUGAAGCUACCAAACCCAAAGCGGAUACUCGGCGGCAUUCUUCCAAUACUCCAAUGGUCGAAGAGUUAUGACCUCGGGACGGGCGUCGGGGACCUGAUAGCUGGGAUCACUGUGGCUCUGACGCUUAUACCUCAGUCUAUAGCCUAUGCGUCGCUCGCUGGAUUAGAACCACAGUACGGUUUAUAUGCAUCACUGAUCGGCGGAUUCGUGUACGGGAUCACGGGCACGUGCCCUCAGAUAAACAUCGGGCCCACGGCGCUGCUGUCGCUACUGACGUUUACGUACACGAACGGCACGAGUCCGGACUUCGCCGUGCUCUUGUGUCUGACGUCGGGGCUCGUCCAGCUGGUCGCCGGCAUAUUGCAGCUAGGUUUCCUCGUAGAGUUCGUCUCGCUGCCAGUCGUCUCUGGCUUCACAUCCGCAGCCGCAGUAACCAUCGCCUCAUCGCAAGUCAAGGGCUUAUUAGGCCUCAAGUUCAGCGCCGAGACAUUCCUAGCUACUUGGAAGGAACUGUACCGUCAUAUAGGAGACACGAGGUUACCUGAUACACUGCUCAGUUUAGCGUGCUGCAUCGUGCUGUUAGGUAUGAAGGCCCUAAAGGACAUUCGCAUCGGUGUAAAAGACAGUGAAAAAAGUCAAAAAGGGGUGGUUUUCAUACAGAAGAGCUUGUGGUUCGCCGGGGUGUCGAGAAACGCGGUGGUGGUCAUCCUCGCCGCCGCUGUCGCCUUCUUUGUUUAUUUGGAUGUUGGAGACCCGUUGAUAUUGACAGGUAAAAUAACACCGGGCCUGCCAACACCACAAGUGCCCCCGUUCCACACGACGGUCGGGAACGUCACCGUCUCCGCGGGCGGCAUGCUGGCGCAGCUCGGCUCUGGGUUGCUGGUCGUCCCUCUAGUGGGGAUCAUCUCUAAUGUUGCCAUCGCUAAGGCAUUUUCAAACGGCAAAACGCUGGACGCAACACAAGAGAUCAUAGCUCUCGGCGUUUGCAAUGUGGUGGGUGCUUUCUUCCGCUCUUUCCCCGUUAACGGUUCCUUCACUCGAAGUGCCGUGAGCGACGCUUCGGGCGUACGCACCCCCGCCGCUGGAUUCGUUACCGGAAUAAUAGUGCUAUUGACUCUGGCACUACUAACCCCGUACUUCUACUUCAUCCCUCGGGCAGCCCUGUCCGCCGUGAUCGUGUGCGCCGUGCUACAUAUGGUCGACAUCGACAUCAUUAAGAAACUGUGGAGGUCCAGCCGACUAGAUAUAAUCCCAUUGCUGGGUACAUUUGUGUGCUGCCUUGCGCUCGGGAUAGAGAUCGGUCUGAUCUGCGGCGUGGGCAUCGACGUCCUUUUGCUCUUGUACUACAACUCCCGACCACCUCUCGACGUGAAAUAUAUUGAGGAAGAAAAUCUCCCACCACAUUAUUCUAUACACCCAGUGGGCAAUCUCCAUUUUGCUGGAGCGGAAAAAGUGAGAUUAAAGCUCUCUUCGCUGAAAAAUGAUAAUAAAGCGACAUUAAAGCAACUAACUAUCGUACCUGGAGCUAAUGACAGUGUUUUGUCAAACGGAGCUGGGAGCCAGUGCAAUGGCGGUGCAAGUAAUGCGACAGGAAGAGAUAUUGCUGGCCGGACGUCGAAUGUACUUGUGAUACAUUGCGACUGUUUGUAUAGAUUAGACUAUACAUUUUUACAGAGUAUGAAGAUGUUAGUGACAGAGUGGUCACGCAGUGGACUCGUGGUGUGGUGCGACGCGCGUCCUCUAGUGAGAGAUCAGCUAAGAGCUGUUCUACCUGACGCCGUGUUCUGUGAUACUCAGCAGUUACCAGUAGUUCUUGCAGACGCUCGCUCAUCAGGCGACCACUCGGGCGUUAGUGAUACUCAACUUUAGUGCUUCGUCUAGCUAAAUGUCAAGUUAGAUCAUAAAUAACAUUGUGUUGUGCUGUGACCUGUACAAUUUUAUCGUAUACUUAUAUGAAUUUUGAAUUAUAACCAGUGAUCUAGUGGCUGAACCUAACAUCAUGGGGGAGUCUAAAGCUCACAGACUCCGUUGGUUGGGCCAUCUUGAGAGAAUGGAUGAAGAUCAGAAACGUGAAAAGAGCGUACCUGGGCCGCCCUAUUGGACUCCCCAGCAGGCCUAGCACAUGAUUGGCGCGACAGUAUCUCGCGGCGAGAUAGACUACCCGUCUUUUUCUAAGUGUGUUAAUAAAAGAGGGACGGGUAGUCUAUCUCGCCGCGAGAUACUGUUGCGCCAAUCAUGUGCUAGCCCGGCAGGUAUCGCUGGGGCGACAUGGUGGAGGCGGAUCUGCGCGAACUUCUAGUCAACAUAUGGCGGUCGCACAGGACCGAGAAAAGUGGCGCUGCCUUGUGUCGGAGGCCAAGUCUCAUUUUGGGUCGCUGAGCCAACGGAGUAAGUAUGUAAGUACAACCAGUGACCAUUAGCGUUAGGAAAUAUUAUGCUCAGAAUGUUAUUAAUUUAAGGAAUCUUUAGAAAAAUGCAAGGUAACGUUAGGAUGUCCGCUGCGUUACUGAUGCAACAUUAUUGCAACGGCGUUGAUAUCACGGUUGAUAUUGACGCUGUAUCUGUCAAUUUCCUUGAUAAAAUGUAUGAAGUUCACCGUCGCAUUAUCGUCACGAUUAUGACGUUCAAUCAGUCACUCAUUUUACUAAGGAAAUAGAGUCGGUCCAUA